AUGUCUGCUUCUCCACCCACGUCGUCGACUUCGUCGUCGGCCGCCGGCGUCCCUCUGCUGAGUGCUGCCCCGUCGUCGACUUCGUCGUCGGCCGCCGGCGUCCCUCUGCUGAGUGCUGCCCCGUCGUCGAACUACAGCCACGGAGAUUGCACCGCCUGUCACUUCCUUGGUCGAUCUAUACCGGCCGCGGCUCCAUACUCUGGUUCGCAGUCAUCUCUAUCGGAACGCGCGCGCAUUAUCCAGGCUGAUCAAGUCACCGCGGCCCUCGAUCACGAGGUGCUGGAUCUCCGGGGCCGUCUUGACGUCGCCCAGGAUCUUCUUGAAGCAUCUGUGCAAGUCUUCAUCGAUCCAUCCAUGAUCGCGAUCUGGAGGUUCAACGCGUGCGCAACGAAGCCGACGGUCGUCUUCGAGAUCUCCAGCGGCCCUGAACACCGAACUGAUGCCGAUGAAGUCACUCCGUCCGCUGCAGCAUCGCCCUCUAACGUCGUCCCCAGUCAGUUGGAGAUCGCCCUCGGAGAUCUGGAUGAUAUACGAGCCGAGCUGGCAGAUAUCAAGGCUACCUGGACCCCUCCUCCCACUGCAUCGGUGACCCCAGACAGAUCUCGCAAUCAAUUGCGCCAAGCGGAGGCGACAAUCGACAGGUUGCAGACCGAGUUGGCGCAAUCGCGCACGCUGGUCCACAAAGCAGCGCCACGGAUGGACGCCCUUCGCUUGGAUGCGUCCAAAGCUCGUGAGGACGCAGUAGCAGCACGACGAGAAGCGGCGGCGGCGUCGAAGAAGGCGCAAGACGGUGCGACAGCGUUAUCGGAUCUCGCACAGCGGCAUAAGGUGGCUGGGAAGCGACUGGAGGAGUUGGAGAGGAAGAUCACUCGGCUGACUCAGCAUAACACCGUUCUACGGCGUGAGAACGUCGUCUUCAAGAACAGUUUGGAGCAUCGUCAGGCUGAUCUCGCAACAGCUCAGGAUCGCGCAGUGGCUGCAGAACGAGAGCGAGCGGAGGCCUCCCUCGCUCGCGACGACUUGCAGGCGGAGCUGGAUGCGAGUCGACAGUCGCUGCUGAAGGAGCAGGCUUCUUCUGCUGAUCUCCGCAGCAAACUAGCGGAGCGUGAGGAACACCUUGGAGCGUUGCGCAACUUGAUCAAUCUGGUACCUGCGCCGACUCCGCAACCUGAGGUGGAACGAUGCGUGGCGUCGGCCUCUUCCAAUUCGUCUCUUGCCACACUGGCGUCAACGGCCACGAGCCUUGUCUCCUCUGAUCUUCCAGCGCGAACAUCUUCGCAGCAGCUCCCGUCUGGCUCGGCAAAGCGAAGUGGAGAUCUCUCUUCUGAUCCAACGCCACAGUCGAAGAGUGCAAAGCGCGCCGUUGCGACUACCGAGGGAGCGCCAGCUGAGUUGUCUUCCUCUACGGCGAUGGCCCGAAGCCCAUUCACACACGCAAUUCCACCUGAGUCCAGCGAAGCUGCGCGCCCUGCCGAUGUCACGCCGUGGCUGUGGGAGAAGGGGGAGCUGGCCGUUCCUGCUGAUUAUCGGCCCUGGCCACAAGCCUCGGUCGAAGCUUUAUACAAAGCGAGUCCCUGGAAGAUCUUCCUGGAUAACAUGCCCGACCCAGUCUCGUUCGACAUUGGAGAUCCCCGCUUCCAACCUCUUCUGGCCAUCAUCCGCGAUGUGCUGACUCGGAACGAUAAUCGUGGCGCGCUUGUGUUCUGGGAGAUCACCCACUCCAUCGAGAUUUUCAUUUCCAAGGCCAGCGCUGAGUCUUGGGAGGUGAAGUUCACUUCGGAUCGUAAGAAUCGGAGAUCCCACUUUGUGAAGAUGCUGCUGCCUGUGUUCGAAGAGGUGGCCCGCCUGUGCAAGGCUCAUGUGUGCGACUUGGACAUUCUUCUGGAGCCAUUCUUCCUGCCGCUGAUUGCAACGUGCCCGUGGUUCCCUAAGGGAGCUUCUGGUGCCUCUGGAGAUCUGUUACACGUCUUACGAACGACUGACGAGGCGGAGCCGUGGCGCCUGUUCUACUGGAACGCUCGUGCCAAACACCCAUCGAUGAACGAGCCCAUCCACACCCGCCUUCGAGGCAAGUUCAAGGCGACCUCGUCAAUCGCCUAG